UCAUUCAUUUGACCAUCCAUUUGACAGACCCUUUUGAUAGAGGAAUGUAAGAAAACAAUCAGCGUCGAAACUUGAAAUUAAAGUUAGUUUCUUUUUCAUGAUCUUUUUUGUUGAUACAGCAAUAUUUUAGAAGUGCCUUUGUUCAAUCUUGAAGAUUCGAAUAUUCAUUGACUAUAUUCGUGGUCGAUACACAAAGUAUCGGCAGAACAUAUCGGCAUGGACGAAUUACGAGGGUUUUUGAUGAAUCCUUCUCCAUCGAGUUCGCAAGUUACAAGACUCCGGGGUCCGCUUACGGGUGGAAUGCGAAUCGUGAAGCAUGAAUUCGACGACUUGAAUAGGAAAGAGGAACACCGCCACUCCGAGGUGGUAUCCGGAGGCACCGCUUAUGUGCGCGAAGCUAGGCAAAGAGAGACUGAAUUAUAUUUGCGGAAUGCAGCAGAGUGUUAUGAGAAUCAGGACCACCGAGGACCCCUGGAUUCUAUGGACAACAUGUCUUCUGCAGGAGCUUCCUCCCAAACUAUUCCCGCUCUGGCAGACGAAGCCAUGCUACAAGUCUACAAUAAGUACUCAUUCCAAAGGAAGGAGGAUACCAAUCACUUGCCCAUUAAUGAGUAUAAGGCAAAGAUAGUGGAUACAAUCAGGGCUAAUCAAGUUGUGAUAUUGGAAGGUCCGACUGGUUGUGGUAAGACCACUCAAGUCCCACAAUGGAUACUUGACAACUGCUAUAAGUGUCGCCAGCCUUGCAAGAUAGUUGUGACACAACCAAGGAGGAUAGCUGCUAUUUCUAUUGCCAAAAGAGUUGCCCAGGAAAGAGGUUGGGAUGUUGGUGGAGUGGUUGGCUAUCAGGUUGGACUUGAUGCUCAUGUUUCAAAUGAUACUCGCAUAAGUUAUGUUACUACUGGUAUUUUGCUACAAAAACUGGUUGCAUCAAAAACAAUGAAUGAAUACACCCAUGUCAUACUGGAUGAAGUUCACGAAAGAGGCCAAGAGAUGGACUUCCUGCUUCUCAUUGUGAAGAGGCUAGCAUAUACGUCGUCACCCCAUGUGAAAGUGGUGCUCAUGUCAGCCACGUUCGAUAAGAUAGCAUUCGCUGACUAUUUCAAGAUAGCUACCACUGUGGGCCUCGAGAAGACCAACUGUAUCACAAUUGAGAAGGGUGAUCCCAUGUUUACUGUGAAGAAGUUCUAUUUGGAUCACCUUAACAAGUUUGGUACUGUACCAGAGCCUAAAGCCGAGGACCCGUGCAUAGUUCCGGAAAUGCACCACAUAGUUCUGAGGCUGUUGAAUGCCUUCGAAGGCAUAGAUAAAUCGGAAGAUCAGAUCACGGACCGCUCGCAAGCCGACCUGCCUUCCGUGCUCAUAUUCCUACCAGGAAUUCAUGAGAUUGAAGACUUGUAUACUUGUCUUACAGACUUUGAUUUGCGUGAGAAGGUAGUGGGCGCCCAUUGCCGUUCGUACAAAUGGUAUGUUCUGCCCCUGCACUCGACGAUAACGGCGGACGAACAAGCGCGCGUGUUCCAACGAGUACAGCCUGGACACAGGAAGAUUAUACUAGCCACUAAUAUUGCGGAGAGCUCCAUCACUGUGCCUGACAUUAAGUAUGUGAUAGAUUACUGCCUGAUGAAGAUAAUGGUGGCUGAUCCUGACACGAACUUCACGUCGCUGCGGCUAGCUUGGGCGUCUAAGACGAACUGCGAGCAACGCGCGGGCCGCGCCGGCCGAGUGAGGGACGGCCGCGUCUACAGGAUGGUUACUGAAAAGUUUUAUGAAGGGUUUAGACAAGAAAUUCCCCCGGAGAUAAUUCGUUGUCCUCUAGAGAGAUUGGUGCUGCUAGCGAAGAUGAUGGAUAUGGGCCCGCCUGCCGACGUGCUGGCUCUAGCUAUGGACCCGCCCGACAUCUCCAACAUACACCGCACUGUACUUGUGCUUAAAGAGAUUGGAGCGUUAAAGAAAACUGUUGACGGCGAAUGGUCAUCAAUGGACGGCGAUAUGACGUACUUGGGCCGCGUUGCCGCAAGGUUACCCGUAGACGUCAAACUGUCUAAACUCAUCAUAUUGGGCUAUAUCUACGGCUGCUUGGAGGAAACUGUCGUUAUGGCGGCUGCGAUGUCAGUGAAGAAUCUGUUCAACAGUCCGUUCCGUGAGCGUUUGAACGCUUACAACUCUAAGCUGACGUGGGCAGAUGGCUCCACCAGCGACUGCAUUGCUUUCCUUAACGUUUACAAGGUAUGGACGGUCCUCCGUCAACAGCAGUUCUUCCGCGCGGCCGGGCAGUCGGAGCCGCAGUGGGCUCGACGCUUCUACGUGCAGGCGCGGGCACUACGGGAGCUGGACGAGCUGGCGCGAGACCUGCGCCGCCGCCUCGCCAGUGUUGGCAUCGACCCCCCCAAUGGCAAGUCGCCGUGGAAUAAACAUGAGCUGGCUUUGCUCUAUAAGAUACUAAUAGCGGGUGCGUUUUACCCACAAUACUUCGUGCAAGCGUCGGAGGACGAGAGUCGGGAGCGCGAUGCUGUGCGUACACUAGGAGGACUGGACCCUAGGACCACGGUUUAUCUGAAGAAUUUCCCGGACAAUCAGCCGGGAGAGGUGUACGCCGCGGCUAUCAAGAAGGCCGUCUACAAGACCAUCUCCGAGGAGCCUCGCGUCACCUUCGAUACCGGCAGCAGAAAAGUGUAUUUAACAUUCAAUGAAGGUGUCGAAAAGAAUGGGAACGAGAACAGUAGGGACCCCGCAAUUCCUGGUCAAGUGGUGCUACCAGUGUACAAGGCCAUAAAGGCAAGACAGUUGAGGAUUGAUAUUAGAAUUCCAUUAUUGCCAUUGGAAAAAGCUCAAGCUCUGGCCAAUGCAUUUGCUGUUGACAAAAUGUCACUGGAUUUGGAGAAAGUAGUGCCCCGCUUGCCGGAGAUUGAUGACACACAUUUUCCUCUGAAAAUAUCACAACUGACCAGCAUAAGCAAGUUCUGGGUGCAAUACGCGGACGAGAGCACGGCGACGGAGCUGUGCGCCAUACAGACGGCGCUGAACACCGGCGCGCUCGUCGCGCACACCGCCGCCCUCGCGCCCGGCGACCUCGUGGCCGCGCCCUAUACCGACGCGGGGCGGACCGAGAUCUGCCGCGUCAGGGUGCGAGCGUUGCUGCCCAGGGAUAUGAUCGAGGUGCAGUACAUAGACUACGGCAGCGCGGGCUGCGUGCACGUGUGCAACGUGCGCACGCUGCCGAGCGGAGCCUGCCGGGCGGCGCCGCCGCUCGCCAUGCGCUGCCGCCUGGCCGCGCUGGCGCCGUCGCCGCUGCUGGACCCGCACGAGCGCUACACGCCCGCCGCCACGCACUGCUUCACGCAGCUCGCCAGGCGCGGCCGCCUGCUCGCUAAGGUAUACUCCGUGGUGCACGGCGUGGUUGCCAUCGACUUGCUGGCGGAAGGUGGACAGCUCAACGUCAACGAAGAGCUCAUCAAGCGAGGAUUCGCUGUACCCUGCGAGGAGAGCUAUGAGUCCAAGAUGAACCACGACCUCAGAGAGAUGGCCUACGAUCUGAACUUAGCUCAGAAGCGCGCUCACAAUCGCGAACAGAUGGAGCUGGCGUACUACCAACUGAACGAGAUUGAACCGCCCAGAGCCAAGGAUUGUAACUCCGAUGUCUGCCUUAAGGGACCACACAGUCCUUUAGAGACAUCGGUUCACACAAUGAUGUAUGCGAGCCGCGAUAUACCGGUGAGGAUCGAAUGGAACUCUGUCAACUCCGUUCUGUUGGACACUGAGCCACAGGAGAAAUAUAUGAGGUUGUUAGUGGCGGGCGACGUGGGCUGCAACGAGGGCAACACGCGGCUGACGCUGCGCCACACCACGCUCAUGCCCAACAUCCCCGGCCUGCCCGCCAUCCUCGCGCUGCUCUUCUGUCCCGUUGCGGAACUCCGUCGUAACGCGGCGGGCACGCGGUACGUGAGCGCGCUGUGCGGGCUGGGCAGCGCCGAGUGCGGCCGCCCCUACCUGCCCGAGCACGACCUGCUGGUCGACAUCGACGCCGACCUCACCGUCGAUGACAUCGGACUGAUCAAUCACAUCCGUCACUUGAUGGACUACAUGCUGUACUGCAGUGACGGACAGGACCAGCCCGUCCUCGACCCUGACUUCCCUGCCAAAGCGCCGGGCGUUAUACGCCAAGAUCUUAUGGCUUUGCUAAAGAAACGCCGCAAGCACCGUCAGCCGGAAUGCGUACCCCAAGCGUGGGAGUGGCGUUCGGUUCCCGAGGAUGAUAUUCUCGAGAUCUCGGUCCCCGAUAUGGGGGAGCGAUCUGUCAUCUACCCACUGCAUGCGCCCACCGAACUGUACCCAGUUGCCAGAGAUGUGCUGUUGGAGCUUAAGAAGGAAAAUGACCAGCUCAAGUUGUUGGUUUCCAGGACCCCGGUAUCAUCAAAUAUGGAGCUUACAUGCAAGCUUUGUGGCACCAAUUCUAUGUCCCUACACGCGAUGCGCAUCCACCUCUACUCGACGGGCCAUCGCGAGAAGGAACAGGAUUUCAGAUCCCUACAGUCAUAAGUUAACCCUCUUUUGUUACUUUAUUAUUCACGUAAUGUUCUCGCCAGUCUUUAUGGCAGCUCGGAACAUCGCGCGGUUCGCUGCGUAGAUACCAGGGCUAGGUAUCAAUAGGUAGCGUAAAUGCGCGAAGGGAAUUAGUUACAUGUGCUUAACUAUGCCCUAAAGUUCGUUGCAAUCUGCCAUUGAGUUUGGCGAGAACUAUAUUUGUCUUUAUUAUACACUAUAAGUUUUCAAUGUUUUUUUCUAUUACGAAUUUAAAAAUUUCGCCGAAUAUUCUCAUACGUGUUAGUACUAAGACUUCAGAAAUUUAUGGGAGUGUUGCCCCUCUUUUGUUACUUAAUUAUUUACGUAUCGUUCUCGCCAGUCUUAAUGGCGGCUCGGAACAACGCGCAUUUGUCUGCGAAGAUACCAUUUUUAGGUAUCAAUAGGUAGCAUAGGUGCACGAGGAGUACGAGCUACUUGCUUUUAGCUAUGCUCUGAAGUUCGUUGCGAUCCGCCAUUGAAUUCGGCGAGAACUAAGGCAUAGUUUACUUAAUUAUCUACUAAGUUUUGAACGUUAUUUUCUAGGACGAAUUGAAAAAUUCCGCCGAAUAUUUAGUGUUAGUAUUAAGACUUUAGAGAUUUAUCAAAGUGUUUUCGAUACCAGUAUUCAGAAUAAGGACAUGAAUCUGUUUUUUUUGUUAUUAAAUUUUUUUAGUGAUUAAGUUGUUGUUGGAGAAAGAUUGUUCUUUUGAAAAGAAGAAUCUGGGUACGUUACUUCGUACUCCAGUCUUUAUGUUAUUGUUUAGUUUAUAUGAUUAGAUUUGACUCAAUGAUUUAAAGACAAAUCCAUCCAUGAAUGAUGGACAGAUGAAUAAGGAUUGACAUAUAAAAAAAAACAAAGUUAAAACUGGUCAUAAAAUAUACUCGUAGCUUUAAAUGACUAGUUGUUCCUAGAUCUUAAUUAUUUGUAAAACUACGUCAAAGGAGUUAAGCUUUGAUACUGAAAAUUAAUAGUUGUGAUAUCGGGACUAAGUUGAUAUUAUAUAGCAAUUUAGAUUUUUGAAAAUUGUUGAAUUUUACGAAACUUACCAUUAAAAUGAACCUCGACUCUACUGUGAUUUUGUGGUUACUCACACAUAAUGUUUGAUAAAAAAGGCUGAUUAAUCAAAAGCAUUUAUAAAGUUGAUAACAUAGUCUAUUGCCGAAAUUAUUAAAAUAACUUAGAAAUUACGAGCCAGUAAUAAGGGUACCAUUUCAAUUGCUUCCAUCCACUGUGAUUUCUGCAAAUACAUUGUAAGUAUCCAUAUCUCAUGGGAGUAAAAUAUAUGACGCUAAAAAAUCA